GGAGGUGGAGGGGGAGGGGGGCUUGGCAUGGUCAGGUCAGGUCAGGUCAGGUCCGCCUCCUGCUAGCUGCAAGCUGCUACUGCUGCUGGCUGCUGCUACUGCUACUGGCUCUUCUUCUUUCCCGACCCCGACCCCGACCCCGACCUCCCCCCUUCCCCUCUCCAGCUAGCUGAGGGAGCUCUCAUCCCCCUUCGCCUUCCGCCUUCCCCCAGAGGUGGGUGGGUGAAGUCGGGAGACACACAUGGUUUCUUUCUCCGCUUCCUAAGAUUCCUCUUCUUCCCCCAACCCCACCCUACACCUUUUGCCGCGCUGCACCUGCACGCCCGCCGCCGUAUCUCAGGUCAGCAUCACCAACCGCAGCUCCACCUCCCGAUCCCAGCCCCAAUCUAGUCUAGGAGGAGCCAGAGGAGGAGGAGGAGGAGGAGGAGGAGGAGGCCGCUUCCGGAUUCUGCCGCCGCCCUCCCUCGGCCGCAUCGGAUGCUACCACUACCACGACCGACCAUCACCAGCAGCAGCAGCAGCAGCAGGAGCAGGACAGGAUGUUCAAGCUUCACCGCCACCGCUCCUCCGACCGCGUCGGCGAGCGCUUCGACUUCAGAUUCUCCAACUUCCGCGCCGUCCAGGUCCCCGCAGUAUCAGACAGGCUCUUCCUAUCCAUAGUCUCAGUCGACAAUGGAAAAACAAUUGCAAAGUCUAGCAAAGUAGCUUCUCGGAGUGGAAUAUGCCAGUGGCCUGACACCAUCUUGGAACCCAUAUGGUUCUCCAAGGACGAAGUCUCCAAAGAAUUUGAAGAAUGCCAGUACAAGAUUAUUGUCUCCCUGGGAUCGACAAAAUCUGGCAUUCUUGGGGAGAUUUUUCUAAAUCUGUCUAAUUUUCUGAAUUUGGUCGAUCCGACCGCUAUCUCUUUGCCACUGAAGCGAUGCAACUCUGGAACAGUUUUACAGCUUAAGGUUCAAUGUCUUGGCACAAAGUCUAAGCUGAGUGGUGUCAGAUCAUUGAGGGACAUGGCUCCCCGUCAUGAUAACCGUAGUCCAACGCCAACCAAUGAUGAGAUGGACAACAGGUCAGAUUGCUCCGAUGGUAUGUUCAACAAGGCUGUUCGUUCUUCAUCCGAAAAUCAUCUGGGUGGAACUUAUCAAGAUGAAUCCGGAAACAGGGAAACAAGUUUCUCUACAUCAGGGUCCCAUCGGAGUUCUAAUUCUGGAGAUAGUACUGCAGAUAGAACAAACUUCUCUCCUAGAGACAACUCUAAUGGAGGACUUUAUGUGGGAAGGCAGGAUUCUGCUAGUUCCUAUGCUAGUUAUGUUAGUGCUGGUCGCGGUGAUGACGGGCUUAGAUCCAACAAUUCAUCUUUUAGUUCUCGGGCUUCAGGCCCAGGUUUGCUGCAAGGGAAUACUCCAAAAACAUUUUCAAAUGGCCUUUCUCAGUUAUCUAUGGGGGCAUCUGACUCAUCUAAAGAUCUUCUUGAAGCUGCUGAAGAAACAAUUGAGGAGCUCCGAGAUGAGGCAAAAAUGUGGGAACGCCACUCUCGCAAGUUGAAGGCUGAUCUAGAGAUGCUGAAAAAGGAGUGUUCUGAAAAAUCAAAGCAACAGGCUGAGCUAUCAGUUGAGCUGUCUGCUGCACAAGCUGAACGGGAUUCAUAUAGACAUGAAAUAGAAGAAUUGAAGUCAUCCUUACAAGAUGUAAACACACGGCAAAUAAUUAAAGGAACACCUAAACGUUCAGACUGGAUAGACCUGCAGAAGGAACUUGAAGGUGAGGUUAAGUUUCUUAAAGAAUCGAAUACGGACUUAACCAUACAACUAAACAGGACUCAAGAGUCAAAUAUAGAGCUUCUUUCUAUUCUUCAGGAACUGGAGGAAACCAUUGAAGAACAGAGAGUUGAAAUAUCUAAGAUUUCGAAGGUCAAGCAGACUGCUGACCCUGAGAAUGGACUGUUAGUAAAAGAAGACAAAGAGUGGGCUAAGAAACUGUCAAUGAAAGAGGAUGAAAUCACAAUUCUGAGGGAGAAAUUGGAUCGUGCUCUCAACAUUGGAAAUGCAGGUGGUGCAGGUUCCAAUGCCAUUUAUCUUGAAUUGGAGAAAGAAAAUGAAAUUUUAAGGGCUAAAAUACAAGAGCUUGAGAAGGACUGCUCUGAACUAACAGAUGAAAAUUUGGAGCUUAUAUAUAAGCUGAAAGAAAAUGGUCUGACAAAAGGUCAGGUUCCUCGUAUUUCAAACAAUAAUGAGCUGCAAUUCGAAGAGCUUACAUCGCGGAUUCAUCAACUGGAGGAGGAACUUAGGAAUAAGGACAUGUUAAGAGAUGACAGUUUUUCUGAGUCAUCAAUGUCUAAUGCAGAUGAGUUACAGAGAAAAUGUGCUGACCUUGAGCUGAAGCUGCUAAAUUUUAGGUCUCAAACCUGUGAGCUAGAAGAAAAGUUCCGAAAAAGCCAAGAGGAGCUGGAACAAAGAAAUCUCGAGUUAUCUGAGCUGAGAAGAAAGAUAAAUGGUUUACAUUCUACUGAACUGGAAGUUUGUGAGUCUGGUCCGACAUGGAAGUACCAAUCUAGAAUAGCAGAUCUAGAGGAUACUGAACAACCUGAGACAGAUACACUAAAGGCCAGGUUUGAACUGCAACUACAGGAAAAUGAUGACCUUCGGCGUUCUAAGGUUGAGAUGGAAAAUUUUAUUUCUGAGAUUCAGACAGAGAAGAGUCAGCUUGAGGAACGCCUGUCCGCAUCGCUUAAAGAAAGCAGCAUCACAUCUAAAUGCUUGGAUGAAGUGCGCAAAGAUAUACUUGUGCUUUCCAGCAGUUUAGAUUCCCAUGUUUCAACCAAUAAGCUUCUUGAGAGGAACAUAGUUGAGCUAGAGAGCUGCAAAGCUGAAUUAGAGUUGCAUGUAUCGGAGCUGGAACAGGAAAACAUAGAGUUGUCAGAACGGAUAUCUGGACUAGAAGCACAAUUGACUUACCUGACAGAUGAAAAGGAGUCAAGCGAGCUGCAGAUGCAUGACUCCAGAUCUCUCAUCAUCAAUCUCAAAGAUAAAGUAGAGCGUCAGCAAUCAGAGAUGGAAACUCAAAGGCUCGAGUUUAAGCAGAAGCAACAAGAAUCUCAAAGAAGAUUGUCAGAAGCACAAGACGAUUCUGAAGUUCUGAGAAGAUCUAAUUCUAAACUACAAUCUACGGUUGAGAGCCUUAUUGAAGAGUGCAGUUCUCUUCAGAAUCUAACUGCUGACCUGAAAAAGCAGAAGUUGGAAUUACACGGUCAUCUUACGCAAAAAGAGCAGGAACUGGACGAGUCAAAAAAAAGGAACUUUGAGUUUAGCAAAACAGUGGAGUUCCUUGAGGCAAAGCUUUCGUCACUACAGAAGGACAUUUCUUCUAAAGAGCAAUAUUUAUUGUCAGAAUUGGAGAGUAUAUUCCAGGAACACAUGGAACAAGAAGAAAGAAUUAAUCGUGCUCAUUUCAUGCUCAAUAAGAUCGAGAAAGAAAAGAAUCUUGAAGUAGAGAAUCUUGAGAGGGAGGUCGUCAGCCUCACUGCACAGGUCUCCUCCACGCACGAGGAGCGAGAAAGUGCCACUCUGGAUGCUAUUCGAGAGGUAUCUGUCCUGCGAGCAGACAAUGCUAAACUUGAGGCUAAUCUCCAAGACGUCAGUGCACAAUUGAGACAUUACGAGUCUCAAUUGGAAGACCUUCGCAAGGAGUCUAAAAAUAAGAUUAAAGGAUUGGUUGAUUCCCUUAAUGCCUCCAAACAAAGCGAGGAAAUGUUGACAUCAGAUGCUGAACAUAUGAAAAAGUUGAUGGAAGCUGCUAAAUCCAAUGAAGAUGCGUUAAGGAAAACUUCUAAUGAACUAGAACUGAAGCUUAAAUCCAGUGAUUAUGAGAAACAACAAAUGCUGGAAGAAAUAUCUGGCCUGAAACUUCAGGUUCAGAAAAUAAUGAAUCUUCAAGAUGAGGUUUUCAAACUUCAGAGUUCUCUCGAUGAGGUCAAGUUUGAAAAAGGAAAACUGGAGGAGUUUCUGCGCUCGGUGACUGAGGAAUGUGAAGAACUAAAAGCACAGAAGGCUAUGCUAACAGAUAAAGUUUCUGAUAUGCAGGAGACUUUGAGAAAUGGUGAAGAAGAAAAGCGAAACAGAAUAGCUAUGCAGGCAAAGCUCGUGAGGUUGGAGAGUGAUCUAUCAGCAUCAGAAGCAUCACAUGUACAUGAAGCAGAAUUAAAGAACGAACUCAGUAGGAUCAAGAGAUCAAACAGUGAGUACCAGAGGAAGAUACAAACUCUUGACCAGGAAAAUGAGGAUCUCACGAGGAGAAUUCAAAUUAUGGAAAAGAAUUUUGAGCAAAUGUCCCACGUUAAAGAGAACCUUGCAAAGCAGGAGAUUGGAGGAGAUAACCAGGCAGCCAUUGAGUCAAAAAUUCAGUUACUGGAAACUAAGCUCGCAGAGGCAUUGGAGGAAAAUAAGAUGUACAGAGCUCAACAGAAGAGUCCGAUUCCUGAGGGGCAAUCUGCUGGUGGAGAUGACAAGGAGGGUAAUAGUAAUACCGACAGGAUUUUGCAGUUGGAAGGAGAACUAAGAGAUAUGAAGGAACGAUUACUCAACAUGAGCUUGCAGUAUGCAGAGGUAGAGGCUCAGAGGGAACGAUUAGUGAUGGAGCUUAAAGCUAUCAAGAAAGGCAGGUGGUUUUAGCACGAUGUGGAAUUGUUUUCCUGACAAAACAUGUUGCUGACAGCACAGAUGGGCAUUCAUCAAGCCGUGUUAUUUCCAUGCUUGUGGCAAUAUGAGGUUUAUGUCAGAUUAUCAUGUGAGAGCAAGCAAGUGCAAGUGCAGAGUCAGACAUGAUGUAGCCUGGACCUGCUAACUGGUGCUGGAGGAUGGGCUCCGAGACGACACUGAAGGUCCCUGUGAUGCGGUGAACUGUGACCCUGUGACUGCCCAGGCCUUGGGGGUGCGGCCCCUACACUAUGAUAUGAUGAUCUCAUUGCUAUUGGUAUUUAACCUAUUUAUUUGUAAUGGCCUGCCUUUUUAUCUGGUAUAUAUAUAUAUAUAUAUAUAUGAGUUUGACUGGAGGGUGAUGGUCAGUUGUUGAUAUGGUUACUCAGAUCGAUGGCCCUCCGAUCCCUCUGUUUUACAUGAUUGAUUAUACUGAAAAGAGUCCAGCCCCAUAAUUGUCGAUAAAUGUAGUUACACUAUUCUUUUAUGUGAGAGCAGUGAAGUGGCUGGGUUAGUAGCAAGCAGUCAUUAUAUUGCACUCUGUACCAUACAAUACAAUAUUGUUGUAGUUUGGGUGUAGAAUAAUAUAAUAAUGUGAUGAAGGGAGCCUCAUUUGUUCAUGUAAGGCUGUAACCUGUUUUUUUCU